CUUUUGAAAAAACUACUGUGCGGAAGACCGUGUCACAACUCUUCAAAAAGCUAUAGUAGUUUUAGCUGUGAACAAGGUAAGUAGGUUAAGGUUAAGCUUAAGCAGAUCUUCCCUGAUUGAAGAAAGACCACCACUUUUCCUGUCGUAACCGCAUCAAAAACUACAUCACAUCGUGCGUAGAAAAUGACGUCAAGCAGAUGGGGGAGUCGGUACAAGCCGCACCAGGAGGGGCGCGCUGGUACAUCGAGCUCUUCCUCUACGUCUACCAGGAGCAAAAGCUCUUCAAGUAGACCUCCCUCCAGUUCGUCUUCUUCUUCCUCCGCCUACGACCAGAUUUGGACCAAACGGUGGGAACCGGAACUCAGAGCCAAGAUCGAAAAAGCGCAGGAACCGUUGGUGCAGAGUGUUUUUAGGCAGGUUUUUGGGAGACAGCAUGGUACCAGGAUCAUGUCCUCAAGUUCGUCCAGCUCUUCGAGCAGCUCGUUCAUCGGAGGGGCAUCUUCAAACGUCGGCGCGAAGUCCUCGUCCCAACUUCCGUUGUUCUCAGGAGCUGCACCCGCUGAAGCGAAAGUUGCGUACCUACCCUGCAGCUUUGUGGACGAACGGGCUGCGCUGCGACGCUUGGCACAGGAGUACUUGUGACGAUGAUGAUGUGUCGUAGUUUCGUGCAACAAGAUGGACUGAGAUUUGUGUGAAUUAUUUCUAGUAAGUAGCCAAAGUCUUCGAAUUAUGAGCGUGUUCUUGAACGGAACGAUAACGAAGUACACGUGUGCAAUUUUCUGUACAACAUCAAAACAAACCUCUCACACAGGGCACGCAGCUCCACCCGAAUCGGCAUCCGCCCGGUUUUCAUGGUGCUACGAAACCGAUAUCACUCCCUCGCGGAGCUGGUAAAUGAAUUGCUACACCGGUAUCCAAAUCAUUCCAAUCUCUUCGAGGUCUUGCACAGCUGGAGUUUUCACUCGCGUGCACUGGAGACAAGUUGCGAUUAUAAUGGGAUGCUGUCACCGUCAGAUUCGGAGUCAGAGGAGGACGAGUUUGUCGACGCUAUGGAAGUUGACGACGACGACGAAGUUGGAAUGCGGGAGGCACACCGUGGAAAAAAUAAGUACAAGCAGAACUACAACACCACCGCCAAGCAGCCGCAACGCGUAGUCAUCUUUGUCCUCACCGACACUGCCGAUCUUCCCGAGCCGGUGAUGUCCGAGUUCCUGCAAGCGCUGCAGCUGAUCAGCAGAGCAAGCAGUUGUCAAAUCAAACUGCUUCACUCGACCCCGCUCGCCCCCCGGUGCAGCGAAGCCUUCCAGCAUUUGUCUCGUUCCGCGUGGCUGCCGGUGGCGGGUAAAGGACUCGAUCAGAUUGACAUGGGCAGUGCCACAGAGGUGUUCGCGGUGAGUGAAGAAACGAAAAAGGAUUUGGUCCGGGAAAUGCUGCAGAUGGUGGCGACGGAUGUUUUUGUGCCGCUCAUUGUGAGUCCCGGGACGAUACGUGAAGUGUACAUGAUUUGGUGUUAAGUUUCGACGUGGAUGUCGAAGUAGACGAGAAAUUCAAAUUAUACGAAAUCGCAUUGUAUCCCAAUGUUGACGCCGUCAUGAUUAUUUUGAAUUUAAUGCGAAUAUCUGAAUCAUGAUCAUCAUCAUGAAGAAAAAAACACAGCUGGACCGCCGUCCAAGAAUCGCACGGUUGUAGCUGCGUUUGGCUUCUUAUGACAGUGCACAACUCCCCCUCCCCCUCAUUUGUGAUGCAAAUUACCCAAUCCACGCCAUGCCUUGAAGCACUGUUUGCAUCGCAAGUUCUGGCCGUCCAAAUAGCAUUACACCCCUGUGCAGAUUUGUCAUGCAAAUCCUGCUGCAUUCUUGCUGACGCUUGUAUUGCUGUUCAUGCCAUAGCCAUACCCAUACAAAUGAGCGGGAGGGGGAGUUGUGCACAGUCAUACUUCUGGACCGGUUGUCUUCGCUUGUAAAAACCGCCUGUGCUGCAGCCGGCACCUCCGGGCCUUUCCCAGCGGAGAGAUUUCUGAUCCCGAUGCGGUUACCUGAGGAUAGUCCAGAGUUCAGCCUGCAGGGUAUUUGCAACAGCGACUCGCCAGCAUCCUCUUGGUCGAUGUUGAAGGACGACAAAAAACGGAACUCGUUCGGUGAAAUUUUUGAGGAGCAGAACAAACUUUACUGGCGUGAGGUGUUUACCGAGCUGGGCUCGCUGCUCGGUUUGGAUAAAUCAAAGUUCGAGGAAGCGUGCGAGAAAUGCGGAAGAGAUCCAGAAGCGGCGCGACAACUUCUCGCGGAGGCAGAAGAGUUGGACCACAUAGGAGAGACGAAUUCCAAUCUGCUAGUAUCCGGCCGAGGAACAGCAGCUUCUGCUGCUCUAGACACGAUGGAGCGCAGCCGGGCAGGAGCAGAAGGAAAGAAGGAGAAGCAGAGCAACACACCACUACUGAAACCGCGGCCCGGCGGCAAGAUGACAAAGACGCCCACCAGAAAAACUCCGCAACGCAAAACGUCGAAGAGUAGCAAGGCGGGGGCUUCGCAGGCGGAACAAAAACAAGCAGAAAUCAGCUCAAAACCAACACCAACUAUGAGCAACCUCAUCAAUCCAGAAGCCGCUUUGCUCGAAGAAAGACUUACAGCGCUCGCGGUUCAGCUAUUUGGAGAUCAUGACAAAAUAUCAUUUUCGAAACUCGCAAACCCGAGCCCCUCUGCGCUAACAGUGAUCCUCGCGCAAAUGUGCAACGCGAUUACGGAUUUGACGCAAUGGCGGAUGGCUCUGCUGAAGGACUUUUUCGAUUUGCAUCUCGACCAGCUGAAGCGAGCGGGCGACUGCGUCUUCGAUCUGUUCCUCUCCGUCUGGGAAGCGGCACUGGGGAUGGCAACAACGAGAAACAUCAUCGCGAGAACAACAACCAGGAAAGACUCUACUUCUUCCUCUGUUUUGACGACCAAAAAUGGCAAACAGCCUCUUGCAGCUGCUUCCUCUUCAACUUCUACCGGCUUGGAUUCGACGACGUCGGCAAGAGCAAGCUUCUCUUUCUUCUCGCUGAAACUCUCAGAAAGCAUCCCGAAGGAGGAGGAACGGAAGGGCUGGAUGGGAAUCUUUGAAGGCGAGGAGAGUGUCCUGAAGCCAGUUCCGAGCGCGUUGCUGCACUUCUUCUGCGAUCGGCACGUCUUGUCUAAGGAAGCGCUGAAGGCUUGUGGCAGCUCCUGUGCGGAAACCGAGAUUGGUGUUGAUCCUGCCGUUGCUUUAUCUUCGCAAGUAGAGAAGAUGAAGCGGCGCGUUGCGCUCUUCGAGCCGACACAGGCGGGACAGGAGCUGCUGCUGUCGUGCUGCUCGGAAGCGGAAUGGCGGGUACUUACGUAACAAACGUCCACUUGCGCUACUGUCGUAAGUAUGCAAAUGUUUUUUUUUGCGUUUGUUAGCUCGUGAAAUACUUCCACAUGAGUUGCAAGGAGAAGAUGAAACAUCAAAUCUAUACUAGGUGAGCGCCGCCCUAGCUCCGGGAGACAUUGGGUUCGCCAGCCGCUUGGUCGAAAUGUCGGGGAGCCGCAUUGGGGUGAACGAACUGAGUACCCCCGCGUUGAUGGCCCUGAGCUACUGGGGCUUGACGAAUCCCCCAUCGCGCGCCCGCACGGUGCAGAAGCUGGGUUUCGGACGCUUCUGGUACGUGGAAAAGCCGUCGGUUGUGGACUCCUGGGAGGAUGAGCUCGGAACUGGAACUGGAACUGGGGAGAACGGGAAUAAGGAAAAAGCAGGACUAGGGGGAAUUUUCGAUAGCAACGUCGCGAUAUUGGACGACGCGGGAGAGCUUGCGCUGCUGCAAGAUCGGGAGUACCAGCUGCGGGCGCGCAGUCAAACGCCCGGUGCGCAAGGACGCAGACCCGUGAACAAGACGCCCCAGCCAGUGGCGAUGAAGAAGGCUCCGGCGUCGGCCCCCGCGAAGAAGCGGACCCCCGGCGCGGGCAAUCGGGGAAGAGGGAGGAAUUGCGGAAUCAAAGCGGCGCCCGCGGGGCUCUGGUAGUGUUGAGCGACGUGAAGUUGAUGUUUAUGGUAAAAGAAGUGGUCCAUGUCACUGUCAGUUUGAUUACCGUUUAAGUUUACACGAGCAUUCACUUUGAUGCGUAUGGUCAGUCGUUGCCCUGAACCUAAGGUCUAGCGCUAGUGCGGAAGAGAAAUAGCGACAACUGAGACAGAAGCAACUUUAAGGUUCCUCACAACUUUUUGAAUAAAAAACGUGUUCCGUUUCUGCAGUUGUCCGUGUUGGCGGGAUGUCUUCUGCUCAAGUACGGGACUUCAGCACUCUUCCCAAACCGGACAGAAGUUCGCAAGUAUGUGAGAACGAG